AUGGACGAUCCGGGUUUAAGAUGGCCUUAUUGGAAGUUUGGGUACAAGAGAGAUGAUCUCUUCACCAAGCUGCACGACCAGUACAACACCACAGUGCAAUACAUAUCCGACCCGGUUGCCUUCCAGCACGAUGUUUUCGAAAUCUCCCACGAAGCAUCCACUGCCGAUGAAUUCCACCAGCUCAUGGCCGCACGCAAGGAGCACCGUCUCAACGAGCUCAACAGGUCGCUAGAGUCAGCAUCUUUUGAGAUUAUCGCCAACCCAGCUCUCAUUGGAACCGAACAGUGGCAGCAUGCUGUACAGCUCUUCCGUACGAGGAGUCUCGAUUCGCUUGUUCGCUACUUCGCAUCCUAUCUACCUGAAGAUCACCCAUGGCACCACUCAGACAUCUCUUCUGCAUCGUCGCUCUCGGGGGAUUCUGAGAUCGUCGACGACGAAUCAACAUCCCACUCAGAGAACACGAUGUUCUUCGAUGAGGAUCUUGACUCGAAAUUGGAAUCCUAUGAGGACCCCUUCGAAGCCGACGAACAAAAGCAGAUUGGAUGUAUCUCUGAACCGACCGACGCGUCUACAAAUGCGAUUGCUGCUGGACGAACAGAUGAAUACCCCUUCGAAUUUGUUCUUACUCCUUCUCGCACGCUCUCUUUCUCUGAUUCCGAACCUGAUCUGUUUCACCUCAAGGACUCGUGCCCAUCACUGCACGACGAUGACGCCUCACAAACGUCUGCAUCGAGUGUGUCUGACAUUUCGGAAACUCAGCACCAGAAAGAGCUUCUCGCAGAGCAGGACAUUGAGAUCGUCAAGCAUCCCGCAGAAUACUUCUCAGAACCGCAAAGCCUGUCAAAGGAUGAUGGGUUGGAAGAAUCUGAGACACCGACCCCAAAGCCCAGAGCUGAUUCCGGCGAGUGCUUUUUCAUGAAGCCGAAGCCAACCUCAUUGUCAGCGUCGGCACGAAUCCCAGGUCGACGCGACACCUCUCCCUUCCGAAAUCACCUAUCUCAUGCCGCAACAGCAUCGCUUGGGCAUUCCGCAUCAGUAACAGUCACCGUUGCAAGUCGUCGGCAAAUGGAACAACAGUACAGCCAGACACAAUCACCAUCACCGGCUCGGUCGCGCCGUCGCGAUCACAGCCCUGUUGGUAAGGGUAGGAGCCACAGUGCUGCAGUCACUAGUGGUAGAGUGCAAAAGCUCUCUGAUUACACACGCUCACGAAACAGGGGUAGAAGAACGACAAGGUUCGUUUCUUCCCCCCUCAACCUUAAUCCCGCCAGGGCGGUGGGCGCAUCGAGUCAGUCAAGGCGGGCGGCGUCUGACCAUGGAACAACCAGGACGGAAUUCCACACCGUCACCGUCAGCAUCACCUCGACAGUGACGAGGAACACGACAUCGACCAUCGCCACUCAAACAGUGACCAAGGACGCGGCGUUUCUGGAAAGUGCAUCCAGAGAUGAGCCGUGGAAGGUUUGGGCGUCGGAGCACGAAGCGGUGGACAGGCUGCGAAAGCGCCAGUCCAUGUCAACGACGGCAGAAUUUCCGACAAAGACGCCCGCAUAUGCAUCGCAGUGCUCGGACUCGGACGCGUACAGGUCGGCCUGCUCGUGCCUUGGUGUGAACUCGACCGCUGUGACCGCCGACACGCCGACGGCGACGUCGACUGUGGUUAUCACGGCAUUUAAGACUCAAACCAAAGUUUCCAGUCAUUUUGACAAUGCCACAACAACAAGGUUUGCCAGGUUGAAUGCGACAACCGUCUCGAAUAAUGCAACUACGGAUGGCAGCUCGAGGCUUUUCAGCUCGACUUCGAAGCUCAAUUCUCAGGCUAGUGGUAGCCCAACAUUCGAGCGCAAUGUUGCCGCGUUUGCAACUGGACUGAGCCAAGCAAAUGGCACCAUUGUUGCCAGUAGGAAUGGAACAUUGGUAGGAUCGAGCCAAACGGACGCUGCCACUGCUGUGAAGGUCAGCAGCCUGACGAGCAGCGCUGUCCUGCCCAAAGGCACAGGUUCUAAGGCCCCUCACGCGAUUGAAGAUGGCAUUCCCACAACCAAGGCUGUCCGUGUUCCUUUUCCAAUGUAUAACAGCACCGGGUUGAGCGCGUCAAAUUCAUCACUGGGAGUCUCGGGCUUGAACUCGACAGCGAACAAUGUUCGCAACAAAACUAGCCCAAACAACGGCACAUGGCCAGCAAGAUUGCCUUUUGGAUCCUUGCCGACCAGCGCGAGGUUCGGCUCCAACAACACCGCAUUGAACAUGACGCAUUUUGACGUCAACGCCACCAGAGCCAACGCCAAGGCGACAUCUGUCAGGGCACCAUUUGCGUUUCUCAACGCUACCGGAACAUCAAGCGCGCGGCUCUCAAACACGACCGACCCGGCACGGUGGCGAAACAACACCAUCCCGCGCUUCACCAACACUUCAACGUCAACGACGGCCACCAUUGACAAAACCUGCGGCGAAACCUCGACGCCGUUUGCGAUCAAGGUGGCCCAGGACGGAGGCACCAUCAAUGAUUGGUUCCUGCGACUCUCUGGCAACUCGAUCCUCUUCACCAGCCAGUCCUCUCGGUCCUCUCGGUUUGCAGUCGGGGGCUCGGGCAGGCUGUGCGCCGUCGGGGCCAAAGGACCUCUGGACAAUGCCAUAGUGGCGGUGGUGGAGAACAAGACCGGCAUGGCGACGAGCCCCCUCUGGUUCGUCGACGGCGGCCUGGUGGCCAACCUCACCGCCCGGGGAUACGCUGAGCUGAACUGCACCAGCGGUGGGGGUACGCUGGCGUGUGCUUACAACGACAUGAGGAACUGGCUUGGUUGCGGCCUGCAGCUGGGCCUUUCCAGCAGUGAAGGCGGGGAUUUUGAGGGUAUCAAAUGCCAAGGAGUAAGCCUAAUGACUAAAGAAGGUUGUGGUGCGGGUGGGAGAGGAAACUCGACCAUGACGAGACUUCCGGGGACCCAGUCGAAUGAGGCAGGUGUUGCGACGGCUUUGCCGAUCACCGUGGGGCUGCCCACGACUUACUCUCAGAUUAGGUAG